CACAGUAUCUCGCAUCUCUGCCCGAUGGCGGAUGUCGUCGUCUUCAUUGUGCCCAUCUCACCCUACCCAAAUACAGCAACUAAAUGUGAUUAAAAAACAAGUAACCUAUCCGUUGGUGCCCAGCUCUAUAAAUCCCCUCCCCCUCCCUCGUCGUCCUCUCGGCCAAGCUCACAACACAAACGUUCCUCUCCUUCCUCACUCCCUGCUCCCUACGUGCACACAGCAAGCUAGAGCAGCAGCAGGACAGCACCAGCAAAUGGUUUCUGCCGGAGGCCAUGGUGGUUACGGUGACGCCGAUGACGGCAUGGCCGUCGACUUCCGGGGCAACCCGUUCGACAAGUCCAGGACCGGAGGGUGGCUCGGGGCCGGGCUCAUUCUGGGCGCGGAGCUGGCGGAGCGCGUGUGCGUGAUGGGCAUCUCGAUGAACCUGGUGACGUACCUCGUCGGCGAGCUGCACCUCUCCAACGCCAAGUCCGCCAACAUCGUCACCAACUUUAUGGGCACGCUCAACCUCCUCGCCCUCGUCGGCGGCUUCCUCGCCGAUGCCAAGUUCGGACGCUACCUCACCAUCGCCAUCUCCGCCACCAUCGCCGCCACCGGCGUGAGCAUGCUGACGGUGGACACGACGGUGCCGAGCAUGCGCCCGCCGCCGUGCGUCGACGCCCGCGGCGCGCGCGCACACGAGUGCGUGCCGGCGCGCGGCGGGCAGCUAGCGCUGCUGUACGCGGCGCUGUACACGAUCGCGGCGGGCGCGGGCGGCCUGAAGGCGAACGUGUCCGGGUUCGGGUCGGACCAGUUCGACGGGCGCGACCCGCGGGAGGAGCGCGCCAUGGUGUUCUUCUUCAACCGCUUCUACUUCUGCAUCAGCCUGGGUUCGCUGUUCGCGGUCACCGUGCUGGUGUACGUGCAGGACAACGUCGGCCGGGGCUGGGGCUACGGCGUGUCGGCCGUCACCAUGAUGCUCGCCGUCGCGGUGUUCAUCGCCGGCACGCCCAAGUACCGGUACCGGCGGCCGCAGGGGAGCCCGCUAACGGUUAUCGGGAGGGUGCUCGCCACGGCUUGGAGGAGGCGCAGGCUGCCGCUCCCCGCCGACGCCACCGAGCUCAACGGAUUCCACGCGGCCAAGGUGGCUUACACUGACAGGCUCAGGUGCCUGGACAAAGCGGCGAUCGUGGAGGCCGACCUGUCCGCGCCGGCGGCGAAGCAGCAGGCGUUGGCUUCGACGGUGACGGAGGUGGAGGAGGUGAAGAUGGUGGUGAACCUGCUACCCAUCUGGUCCACGUGCAUCCUGUUCUGGACGGUGUACUCCCAGAUGACCACAUUCUCCGUGGAGCAGGCCACCCGCAUGGACCGCCACCUCCGCCCCGGCGCCGCCUCGGGCUUCGCCAUCCCGGCGGGGUCCCUCUCCGUGUUCCUCUUCCUCUCCAUCCUGCUCUUCACCUCCCUCAACGAACGCCUCCUCGUGCCGGUCGCCAGCCGCCUCACGGGCCGCCCGCAGGGGCUCACCUCGCUGCAGCGCGUCGGGACAGGACUCGUCCUCGCCGUCGUCGCCAUGGUCGUCUCGGCGCUCGUCGAGAAGAAGCGCCGCGACGCCGCCAACGGGCCCGGCCACGCGGCCAUCAGCGCGUUCUGGCUGGUGCCGCAGUUCCUCCUGGUGGGCGCCGGCGAGGCGUUCGCGUACGUGGGGCAGCUGGAGUUCUUCAUCCGCGAGGCCCCCGAGCGGAUGAAGUCCAUGAGCACGGGGCUAUUCCUGGUGACGCUCUCCAUGGGGUUCUUCCUCAGCAGCUUCCUCGUCUUCGCCGUGGACGGCGCGACUCGGGGCACGUGGAUCCGGAACAACCUGGACGCCGGGAAGCUGGACCUCUUCUACUGGAUGCUGGCCGUGCUCGGGGUGGCCAACUUCGCCGUGUUCCUGGUGUUCGCGGGGCGGCACGAGUACAAGCCCAGCAACGUGGCGGCGGCGGUGGCGCCCGCCGGUGGGCACCCGGAGAAGGAGAUGGACGACUUCAUCGCGGUCAAGGAGGCCGUCGACGGGAUGGACGUGUAGUGUCGCUAGCUAGCUAGGGAGUGCCCGGCACGUUGGGAAUGCAUGCACAUGUGCAAAUGAUCCAUGAGCAUAUAUUGCGCGGUGUGUACGUAUGUUGUAGUACGGCGUUGGGCUUUGGCUUUUGGGGUAGUCUACGGCGACUUCAUUUUUAUUUUUUGCUUGUCAAUUUUUCUGCUUAAUUUGCUUCUGCCUGCUCUCCUGUAGAUAACAAAGGAGACGAUGAAUUGAAGCGAAGUUUUUUUUUAUCGAGUAUAGAAAAAGAAAUGCUGAAAAUAGCUUUUCCGAGUCUA